AUGUCCAACAACACCAAUGCGGAUAUCUGGAUGUGAGCCAUCCUCCUGCAACUCUCCCCGAUACCGCCCGAUGGCAGAGAUAGAGCACGUCACUGACUUGUUGUACGAAGAGCCGGAGCCUUUGCGGCAUUCACAGUAGAUCUCAUCGUCUGUGAGUACAACUCUCAUAGUUCCACAUUGCAGCAUCAGGUCCUCUCGCCGCCUCGACACAGGACUCGACGUUGACAAGUCUACACUUACAGAUCCGCUCGACACAAUCAAGACCCGCCUGCAAAGCCCUGACUACCACAAAUUAUACCGCAAUGGCGCCAACACGGGGUUCAACCCGAACAUGUUUCGGGGCGUAUACCAAGGAGUCGGCAGUGUUAUAAUAGCCACAUUGCCGUCCUCGGGAGCCUUCUUCACCACUUAUGAGGGCGUGAAAUCCAGUCUAUCCGAUGCGAACCCAACCAUCGGCUCGAAGCCCCUUGUUCCCGUACCCUUGAUCCAUGCCGCGGCGUCUGGGACAGCAGAAAUGGUGUCUUGCGCGAUCUUGACACCAGCAGAAGUGAUCAAACAAAACGCUCAGAUGGUGGACAACUCCAAAACAGAUCGCCCGAGGGUCAACGCAACCUUGGAGACCAUGAAGCGCUUUCGAUCGAACCCACUCGCUCUAUGGAGAGGUUAUACGGCACUCGCAGGCCGGAACCUUCCGUUCACCGCGUUGCAAUUCCCCAUGUUCGAGAGGAUAAAAGAGAGUAUCAGACGAUACCGGAACGAGCGGGGCAUCAGGACAAACACGCUCUUGGAGAGUGGAAUGAUCACGGCUGUGAGCGCGGGCACCGGUGGAAGUAUUGCGGCGGUGGUGACUACGCCUGUGGACGUCGUGAAGACGCGGAUAAUGCUUGCAGCGGUAGCGACUGGUCAAGACGACACUAAAGCCACGGCGAGUGAAAGCGCGAAGGCUGCCAAGGACGCACUGGUGGAUGCCACUGGCAAGACGGUCAAGGCCGUCAAGGAGAAGCCAUUGGAGAGCAUCAAGCAGGUCGUAGCCAAACCGGCGCGGAGAUCCAGUCUGCAGGUGGCGCGAGAAGUGAUGCAGGAGUCCGGCAUCAAAGGGCUGUUCCGCGGCGGAGCUUUGCGAGGCGUCUGGACCAUGCUAGGCAGCGGACUGUAUCUCGGUGUUUACGAGAGCGGCAGAAUCUAUUUGGCUCAGAGGCGGGGCGACCCAAUCGAUGCAGACGAGUAUGCGCAAGCGUAG